UUUUUAUAUAAUAAUUAAGCUUCUUUAAUUAAGACCAUUUGAUUAAGGAUACCGGAAUUGAAGGUCAGUGAAGGCCUUAUUUAAUAAUGAAUGCAAAAAAAAAUUAUAUAUCUAUAUAUAUGUAAUAAUGCAUAAUUAAUAAUCACAAUUGGAGCCGAAGAAAAGGUAAGUGGUUUUGAAAUAUUCAUGUGCCCGGCUGCAAACAUCGCACGGAGAAUUUUUUUGGUUUUUGGGUAAAAUGUAGGGCAUUCUGUAUGUCAACCUGCAUUAUUGUCUGUCACUUGAUCGUGUCGAUCGUGCCUCUUACUUGAUCUCUGCUUGCAUCUGUUCGAGUAACACACACAGCCGGGUUUUGAUAUGCAAAAUUAGGGCUUCGAUUUGUGGGGAAGAGGGCAAAAUUUGGAAGGUCUAUAGCACUUGAUUAAGGACAUUCACCUGAGAUUACUGCGAAUUUGGAAGGACGCAGGAAACCAGAGCCCCACAUGGAAAGUAGAGGCAAGCGUUUAUAAAUCAACACUGAAGCCCCACAGGCGUCCCUUUGGGACAUCCAAUAAAAUUGGAAUGAUAGAGAGAAGAUUAGCAUGGCCCUUCACAAGGAUGGCACGCAUAAAUCGAAAAAUGAUCCAAUUUUUUUUUUUUCUUCAAUUGCGCCCCCACUCUAUCCAUGCGCUUUUACCGUUAUGUCCUCAAAACUCUGUCCAGCACUCCAGUCCUAUUGGCUGCCCUAGUCCUACCGUCCUUGUCUGUUAUCUAGGCUUUUUUUUUUUUUUUUUUUUUUUUUUUUUUUUGGGUUUUCCCAGUGGCUUGGUAUGCUAAAUUGUUGAACGAAGAAGCGCGAUCAUUGGAUAGACUCUCUGCUGUGAGCUUCCGGCAAGCGAGCCAGCCAUAAACCCUCGAGGAUAAAGAACUUACCAUUGUUGAGUUCUUUCGCAACUUGGUCUUGGUGAACCCUCCAAGCCAUCUCUUUGCCCACUUGGGCCGUACACGUCUCCAUUAUUGUUGAAUGAGCUUAUUAUCAAUCAAUGGCUCGGUGCUCAUUACUUAUCUGAAGUUUCUAUAAAUAAAGGAAGAUGCCACAUAGAACUCGACCAAUGACUGCACUCUUGGUGUUCACUGGGCUUAAUGUGAUAUUAGUUUCUACCAUUACUCCAGUAUAUGAUUUUGUGUGCUUCCAUCCGUACUGGGAAAGAAGGAGAGAACAGCGUCGGCAAGAACGUGAAGCUGCUUCAGCUAGGAAUUCUGGAUGGAGGUAGAUUGAUAGAAUGGUCUACGAGUUCAAAUCUAAGUAUCUAAUGAGGCUGCGGUAUUUGUUUAACCCUUGGAAAUCAUAAAAAAUGACAGACCAGAAGCUAUUAUUAGAAAGCCAUUGCAACACCUACUUAUUUUAUAUGCAAUAUGGAUUUCUUUCUUUGGAAUAUAUGUGAUUAAAUAUUCUUUUUCGUUAAGUAACUUGAAUUAAUUUGCGAGUGUACAAGUAUGGUUGAAUUUGGAUGAGGAAGUGCUUUAUUCUCUC